AUGUCCUCCACCGCCCCCGCAGCCGCGUCCUCGGCCGCCCCCGCAUCGCACGGCAGCCCCUCCUCGAGCCUGCGCAAGUACUACCAGACCGAGUACCCCAAGCAGACCUGGUUCCUCUUCGGCGCCGUCCUCGCCCUCCUCCUCGCCUUCCGCCUCCUCGCCCUCGCCCUUGCCCUCCUCCGCCGUGUCCGCUUCCGCUCUUACUCGCGCUCCGCGGACGCAGAGACGGGCAGCGAUGGCAAGACCCCUGGCCCGCUCCCCGCGUGGCUGCGCGUCCUCGUCGCGCUUGCCGAGGCCUGGAAGAUCGUCUGGUUCCGCUCGACCGUCCACUUUGGCUUUGGAUACUCCCUCAACGUCGCCGAGUGCUUCCUCACCGCCGCCUACAUCGUCGCCCUCUUCACCUGGUCCUUUGUGAACACGCAGAACCUCACGCUCAACUGGUGGGCGAACCGCACCGGUACCCUCGCCGCCGCCCAGUUCCCGCUCGUCACCGCCCUCGGCACAAAGAACAACGUCAUCUCCUGGGUGACCGGCAUCGGGCACGAAAAGCUCAACUACCUCCACCGCAUGACCGCCCGCGUGUCCCUCAUCCUCCUCUGGGUGCACGGCGGCGCCCGCUUCGCCCUCAUGCGCAACAACCCGCACAACCAAGAAGACUGGCACGAAGCCUGGUUCCGCCUCGGCCUCGCCGCCACGAUCGGGCUCUCCGCGCUCGUCCUCUGCUCGCUGCGCCCCGUGCGCGAGCGCCGCUACGAGUUCUUCGUGUGGUUCCACUUCGCCAUCGUCUUGCUGUUCCUCAUCGGCGGGUACUACCACACCAAGCGCUUCCGCUUCGACGCGUACCUCUGGCCGUGCUUCCUCAUCUGGGCGCUCGACCGCGCCCUCCGCACCGCCGGGCUCGCCUACUUCUAUCUCUUCACCCCCUCCGCCCCUUCCCUCUCUUCCCCACCCGCCCGCGACGAAAAGGACGCCAGCGCGGGGAAGAACGCCAAGGCGCAGCCGAAGCGCGGGAAGGCGCGCGCGUCCGCGGCCCUGCUCUCCCCGCACCUCGUGCAGCUGCGCGUCCCCCGCCCCGCGGGCUUCCACUGGCGCGCGGGCCAGACGGCGUACCUCGUCCUCCCGGGCGUGAGCACCCUCCCCGUCGAGGCGCACCCCUUCACCAUCGCCUCCGUCGACGACUCUCUCUACCCCGCGUCCCCCUCUCCCCCCCCCACCACCUCCGCACCCCCCUCCUCGAGCAAAUCCUCGAGCACGACCGACCUGGACGCCGCCCCCGCCCCCGCCCCCGCCCCGCGCGGCGAGCUGCGCUUCCUCAUCGGCGUGCACGCCGGCGCGACCGCGCGCCUCGCCGCGCACAACGCGCCCGUCACCGCGCUCGUCGACGGGCCGUACGGCGCCGGCGUCGACGUCGCGCGCGCGGGAAAGUACGACAGCGCGCUGCUCGUCGCGGGCGGGACGGGCGUCGCGUGGGCGGCGCCGGUGCUCCUCGACGCCGUGCGGCGGGCGGCGGCGGCGGGAGGCGGCGGGCUGCGGCGCGUCGUGUUCGUCUGGGCGGUCCGCGAGCGAGCGCAUGUAGCGUGGGUCGCGCCGAUGCUGCGCGAGACGCUCGCGCGCGCGCGGGGCGUGCGCGGGCUCAGCGUGUGCGUGCGCGUGCAUGUCACUUCUGCGCGGGAGACGUGGGAUGACGAUUCGGUGCAUUCGUCCGACGGAAACGCAAACGAGAAGAAGGUCGGGGACGAGGACGAGGACGGGGAGGUGGAGGGCGUCGAGGUGCUCGCCGGGCGCCCGGACCUGCGCGCGCUCGUGCGCGCGGAGAUGGAGCAGGGCGGGCGGGGGAUGUUCGUCGGCGUGUGCGGGAGCGCGAGCCUCGCAGAGGCCGUGCGCGCCGCGGUGCGCGUGAACCCUUUCUGGGGGCCCGGGAGCGUGCUCCGGGGAGGCCCGAGUGUGGACCUUGUCGUGGAGAGCUUUGGGUAUGCGUAG